GCUUGUAGGCAAGUCGCCAGUUGGCUGUCGCAGUUGCUUUGCUUCGGUCGCAGAAAACUGUGUUUUCCGUAACGUGGCGACCUACACAGGGUCAUAGAGCGCGUCUCUACUAGUAAAAAUGAUUAAAUUUAGUGAUAUUCAGUGCGGUGAAUUAAGUCGGGCAUAAAUACUUAACAGCAAAUAUUAGAUGAGAUGAACAACGCUUAAAUUUUUUGCAAUUUAUUUAACUUUGUGAAGUUUAAUAAAGAUUUGCCGAUUUAAAUGAUAGAGGAAAGCACGACGGUCAUCGUGGAGAACGGCGAAGAAAUAGUAAAAGUGAACAAAAUGCACGUGCCCAAUGGCGUGACAAACAGAGAUUCCUAUAACAAUGGCCCCGACCAGGUGAUACCGGCUAGUGAGUACACAACCUGUACGCCAGAAGGAUGUGUUAAAUUAAGGGUUGAACACAGGGGAGUAGCGGGAGAACCACCUAUAUCAGUCCCAGGCCUCCUUAGUAGAACAGUAGCAAGAUACCCUGAUGGUAUAGCAUUAGCAUCUAAAAAAGAAGAUGGGAAAUGGCACAAAGUUACAUACAAGCAAUAUCAGGAGCGUGUAAGAACUGUAGCGAAGGCGUUCCUAAAGUUGGGUUUAGAGAGGUAUCACUCCGUAGCCAUCAUCGGAUUCAAUACUGAACAAUGGUUUAUUGCAGACUUAGCGGCUAUACACGCAGGUGGGUUCGCUGCGGGCAUCUAUACUACGAAUUCGGCAGAAGCAUGCUUCCACUGCCUGCAGUCGUCUCGGGCCAACAUUUGCGUGGUCCAGGACAAGAAGCAGUUGGAUAAAAUCCUUGCUGUGCGAAGCAGGUUGCCACAUUUGAAGGUCUUGGUGCAAUGGGAGGCGCCAGUCGAUACGUCUAUACCUGGACUGUAUACGUGGGAGCAGAUCCUGGAACUUGGUGCUAAAGAACCGGACACACAUUUGGAUAAAGUUCUCAAAAACAUCGCUGUCAAUGAAUGCUGUACUUUGGUUUACACUUCUGGCACGGUGGGCGCUCCCAAGGCGGUGAUGUUGUCACACGACAACUUGACGUGGGACGCUCAUUCUAUCGGCGAGCGCGUGCGUGAUCUGCAACCUUUGGCCGAGCGACUCGUGUCAUUUUUGCCACUGUCACACGUCGCCGCACAGGCAGUGGACAUCUAUACGACGCUGUCACACGGUGUUACGGUGUUCUUUGCGCAACCUGACGCAUUGAAGGGCAGCCUUGUCGAGACACUGAAGGAAGUCCGCCCUACCAGAUUCCUGGCCGUACCCCGAGUAUGGGAGAAAAUGCACGAGAGGAUCACCGCAGUGGGGGCGUCCAGUGGCGCCAUGACGCGCUGCAUCGCGAACUGGGCUAAGGACAAAGGGCUCAAGUACCACCUCGCUAGGAUCGACGGGCAACAAGGCUCCUCCUUCGGGUACAACUUAGCUAAGUCCCUGGUGUUCAGCAAAGUGCACACCACUCUCGGCCUGGACAAAUGUCAGACGUUCGUGUCGUCGGCCGCACCGCUGUCUCCGGACAUCAAAAAGUUCUUCCUGUCCUUGGACUUGCCCAUCAUGGAUGCCUUCGGGAUGAGCGAGAUGUCGGGAGCACACGCACUUAGUAUCUAUCCCAAGUUCAAAUUGGACUCUGCGGGCGAAGUUCUCGACGGUACGAAGACUCGCUUCGACGGCGCCGUUAGCCAAAACGGGCCCGGCGAAGUUUGUAUGAGCGGCCGACAUGUGUUGAUGGGGUACCUCAAUGACGAGGAGAAGACCAAAGAUGCGAUAGACGAGGACGGAUGGCUUCAUUCAGGAGAUAUAGGGAGGAUCGACAUGCACAAUCUGCUGUACAUCACUGGUAGGAUUAAGGAGCUGCUAAUCACAGCUGGCGGAGAGAACGUAGCUCCCGUGCCGAUAGAACAAUGCGUGCAGGCUGAACUGCGGCAUCUUGGGUACGCCGUGCUCAUCGGCGACCAACGCAAAUUUUUAUCUCUGCUCGUCACGCUCAAGGCCAAAGUCAACUCUGAUACCGGUGAAGCGCUGGACGAACUGGAAAGCGAGACCAAGAAGUGGGUGGCCAGCCUCGGCUCCAAGGCUACUACCAUCAGCGAGAUCUACAACUCUAAGGACACAGCUGUACACAAAGCGAUUGAGGAAGGAAUCAAGCGCGCUAACAAACAAGCUAUUUCAAACGCACAAAAAAUACAGAAGUUCGCUAUAUUGCCUGCCGACUUUUCAUUACUAUCUGGAGAAUUAGGACCAACGCUUAAAAUCAAGAGAAAUGUCGUUUAUGAGAAGUAUAAAGAUAUAAUAGAAGGCUUCUAUAAAGAGUGAUUUUAGUAUAAGCUUAGUAGUAGGGCUUGGGUGUACAUUAAAUUAUGAUAAUUAUAUUGCUCAAUUAGGGACUCAAUGUGAUUGAUACUGUAGAGGUGUAAAUAGGUUAUAUUUUGUUACAACAAUAUACAGUUUUAUACAA